UAUGUGUGUGUAUGUGUGUGUAUGUAUGUAUAUGUGUAUGUAUGUGUAUGUGUGUGUAUGUAUGUAUAUGUGUAUAUAUGUGUGUGUGUGUUUGUGUAUAUUUGUAUGUAUGUGUAUAUAUGUGUGUGUGUAAGUAUGUGUAUAUAUAUGUGUGUGUGUGUGUGUAUGUGUGUAUGUAUGUAUAUGUAUAUGUGUGUGUAUGGUGUAGAUGAGAGGAGAUGAGAUGAGCGGAGAGGAGAGGAGAGGAGAUCUCCAGCAGAUCUCCAGCAGUGAAACAGUUAACACUGAGCACAGCGCUGUAGUGUCGGACGCCGGAGUGCGGCUCUGAGCAUGUGCUGUUCCUGCUGCAUUGAAGGAAAAUGUGUCAGUUAUCAUUGGAGAGGAGUAUAAGGGAGGAGAAAGGGAGAGAGGGAGGUUAGCCGGGGCAAACACACAACGAGAAGGAACCGAUACGACCAUGGUCCUGUUUUGUCUCGUGUCCUCUGCAUGAUUACAAUGAACUCGCACAGGGUCGAUCCCACCGCACGCGCUGCUGCAGCCCGACAAUAAAACACGUUGGUGAGUGACACAUACAUCAUCACUACUCUAAAACAUUCAGUGUGGGAGUCAGUGGACUCUUAAAAACCCCAGAGUUCUGAACGGACCCAUUGGCCCAGUCACCAUGGCAACAGCAAUGACCCCCGAGCCCCUGACGCCGCUGUCACGGUGGUAUCUGUACGCCAUCCAUGGCUACUUCUGCGAAGUCAUGUUCACGGCAGCAUGGGAGUUCGUGGUCAAUUGCAACUGGAAGUUCCCUGGUGUGACGAGUGUGUGGGCGCUUUUUAUCUAUGGAACCUGCAUCCUGAUCGUUGAGCACAUGUACCUGCGCCUGCGUGAUCGCUGCAAUGUCUUGCUGCGCUGCUUCAUAUACACCUUGUGGACAUACAUGUGGGAGUUUGGCACAGGGCUGCUGCUGCGUCAGUUCAACGCCUGCCCUUGGGACUACUCACAGUUCAAAUACAACUUCAUGGGCCUGAUCACGGCUGAAUACGCUGUGCCCUGGUUCUGCGCGUCGUUCAUUGUGGAGCGCUUGGUCAUUCGCAACACGUUGCGGCUGCGCUUUGACGAGUGGGCCGAGCCUGCCCAGGUUGGAAGAAGUGGUGGAGGGGAAAGAGGAGGAGCAAGGAGAGGAAGAGGAGCCAGAGGAAUGGCCGCUAAUGGAUAUGUGAAAGUGGACUGACUACAGGGCCUGGGAAACCUGGAGUCUUUGAGACAACGAUGAACUCCACCUUAUGCCUCAAAUGUGAGGCCAUCUGUCCAGCAACUUAAGCUGGGCUAAAAUUGGGUCAUGCAACAGGACAAUGAUCCCAAGCACACCAGCAAAUCAACAUCUGAAUGGCUAAAGAAGAACAAAGUCACGGUUUAUAAUGACCAAGUCAAAGUCCAGACCUCAACCCCAUUGAGAUGCUGUGGCAGGACUUCAAGAUGGCUGUGAAUAAACGAAUGCCCUCAACCAUCAAUGAACUCAAGCCACGUUGUAAAGAAGAGUGGGCCAAAAUAUUUCCAAAACAAAGUGAGAGACUGAUAAACUCCUACAGAAAACAUUUACUUCAAGUUAUUGUUGCUAAAGGUGUUUCCACAUGUUACUGAAUUAUACGGUGUACUUAUUUUCCCCCCACCUGGUUUCUGAAUGUUGGUUUACUUUAUAAGAAAAAAUCACUACUUAUUGAAAUCGUUUUUUGUUUUUUUUGUCACCUAUUUGUUUAUAGAAGCUGUUGAGGACCACACAAUUGUUAAAUAGACUCUGAUAAAUAAAACCAUAGAAUUGAAGGAAGGUGUGCUUUUUUCUCAU